AUGGCUCAUGACAAGUCGACUGCAGAUUUGUAUUAUGACCUAGAGAGACGGCGAGAGCGAGUAGCCGCCUCGUCAAAGGUCUUGCAUUCAAUGUGGAAUAGGGAUUUACAUGAAGCAAGGUCCGAGUCCUCCUCGUCGGAAGAGGAAGACUCUGGAGACGACGUAAUCCCACCUUCUAAUACGGUUGAAAGCGAGGAGUCUUCUAUGGAAAGCCAUAGGGGACCCCCAGGGAUGUUCUGCAUAGAAUGUGGUAGUCACCUAGAACCCAACAACAAGUUCUGUGGGGAAUGUGGCACUGCUGUAAAGAAGAAAAGCAGGGUUGCAGAUACUCGUGAUAUCACGGUACCAAGUGAAGCGGAACAGAAACCAAGUGGAAGUGGGUCCACAGGCCCUUUCAAAAGGAUUGAAGAUGAAGGAGUGAAGUCUAAACUGGAUUUUUUGAGGGCAAAAUUCAUCACCAGUAAAAAGAAGAUGAUUGGUACCACCUUCUCCAAAGAGAGUGAGAAACCAGAGUGUUUAGAAAUUCGCUUCUUGGAUCAAAAUGAGAAAAGGAUCCAACGAUUGUUCAAUGGAGUGGAUGCUUCUAUGAUAUUGAGAGUUGAGAAAGAUUCUUCGAUGGACAAUUGGAUGCAGAGUGUGGAAAACAAGUUCAAGACAUCAUUCACAAUGGUACCUAUGAGGUUGGAGGAUAAAACGUACACAGAGUUACCACGGGACCUUAAGUACCAAGAAUUAAAGAAGCGUUCAAAGGGGAAGAGAAAGUACCAUGGAUUUUACGUUAAAAUAUAUGCAAGGUCCAAGCAUUGAAUCAGAUAAUGUGUUGUCAGGAAGCGGGGUAAAUAAGCCAAAAAGUCAGCGCAUUGUCCUCUCUGACUCGG